CGAGCUGUGUUUCCGGCGCACUUUCCGCAGAGCCGCACCCUCCGUCUCUCCACCGCGACACGCAUCCGACCGACACCGGAAGAGAGCGCCGAGCAGCCGUCAUGGGCGGCAAUCGCAAAGAGCGGCGCGCGGCCGGCCAAAGGGGACCCAAAAGCGACGCCACAAGCACCAGGGCCGCCUUCCAGCCCAGCACCGAGAUUGACGCUGACGGCGUCGAGUACAUCCUCAAGCACCCCGACCGCUCCGGCCCGAAGGGCAAGACUCUAUUUGAGCUGGCAGAGGAGCGCCAGCGGGAGCUGGACAAAGGAAAGCCGGCGAGAUGGAACACCGGCGAGGGCAAUACGCCCGCGGGCGAGCGACCGUCCAGCGACGAGGAUCCCAUAGGUCCGUUGGGCGACGCAAUGCUCUACUCCUUCUCUAUGGCGAUUCUGCAUGUGACCCUGGAUGUCGCUGUGUACAGCCAGUAUAGGGAAGCAGUCAUAUGGGGCGAGAUAUUCAAAAGAGCAGGCUCCGCGCUCCCGAUAUUCUUCCUCCUCGUCUACCUCACCCACGUCGAAUUCUCGAAUCGCUUCCCCGUCCUACGAAACCUUUUGUUCUUCGCUGGAGCCGUCGCCGCGGGAUGCUACAUGAUAUAUUCCGGUAACAAGCACGGCUACUUCUACGUUAUGAAGGCAGCGCCUCCGGUUGGCGCGCUCUGGAUAUGGAGCGUUGUGGAGAUGAGUUUCCCGUAUGCCGCCGUAAGCGCAUUGGCUGUGCUAGGGUAUUCAAAGUGGAAUGGGUUCGACUUCUUCUAGUUGUUCCCGCCUACAUUCUCCAGAAUCUAAGUUUCUAGAUCUGAAGCAAGUGAUAUCACGGACCGGAGUCGCGCAUUUGUCGAACCACUAGAAUCCGCUUACAGCAGGAUCAACCAGACCUCAUACACGAUGUCUGCUACGGAGGCAAUAUGUCCAGCCAAUUACCUGUAAAUCCUACGACGUCCAGUCAGCGUAAACCCCUCACCC